CGGUGAAGCACCUGAACAUUAGGACUUUCAUUGCGGAUACGAGUGAAAGCUGUCCAGGUGCAAGCCGCAAUGAGGGUUUCGCUAUUUGUUUUCGCGGUUUCGGUUGUGGCCUUGGUGGUGGGAGCAGACGUCGCGGAAGAAGCAUGGCGCGCUAAGCAGCUUGCCCCGGAAGCGGCCAGAACGUUGGCCGCCCGUCGUAUUGCGGGCCUGAGCAAGAUUAUCGGUGGCCACAGCGUUGAGGUGGCGACUUAUCCGUUCCAACUGUCGUUGAGGAGCAAUGGUUACCACAUCUGCGGUGCAUCCGUAAUUUCACGAAGCUGGGCCCUGACCGCGGCUCACUGCCUGUUCCCGAGCCGUGACCCUAAAACCAUUACGUUCCGCGCUGGAAGCAGUCACCGCCAGAACGGUGGACGACUGCACGUUGCCACGGAGAUUGUUCUACAUCCGGAGUACAAUCCAGCUCUGUUUGACAACGAUGUCGCACUAGUUCGCGUUCAACAGCCAUUUGUUGGACCGGACGUGGAAGCUAUCCUACUAGUCCCGGAAAAUUACGAACCGGUCAUUGGAAUGCGAACGCUAGUUUUGGGUUGGGGAAGAACCUUAGUGCACACCGACCUGCCGGAUCAGCUCCAAGCAGUCGAAGUUCCGAUUGUAGCAAAGAGUGCAUGCGCCAAGUUAUGGAGUGUCGAUCUACUCACAUCCAAUAUGAUCUGCGCCGGCCAAAUCGGCCGUGACUCGUGCAACGGUGACAGUGGAGGCCCCCUGGUAGCGGGCGGUUACCAGAUUGGAGUCGUGUCCUGGGGAUCGACAGACUGCGGAGGACCCAUGCCGGCAAUUUACACCCAUCUGGGACAGCCUUCCGUAAGGCGGUUCAUCACACAGAUUGCCGGAGUGUAAGGAGGAAGAGCUGUCUACCUCGCGUGUUUUGUUAUCAAUUUGGCUAAAAAUAAAAAUCGUUCCCAUAGUAAAAGCAUCCGA